GAGCCGGUGCCACUUUCUCUUCGAGCUGGCUUCCCUCUGCCUUCCGGUCUCACUCGCUGCUAUGGCGCCGGUGCUUCCGAAGCGGCGGCGAGCCCAGGACGGGUCUGCAGCCGGCGCCAGGGCCCCCUCCACGCAGCCGCCGGCGCGCUUCCCCGGCGUCACCAUCUACCUGGCCGAGCCGCGCAUGGGCCGCAGCCGCCGGGCCUUCCUCACGCGCCUGGCGCUCUCCAAAGGCUUCUGCGUCCUGGACGAGUACAGCUCCGAGGUGACACACGUGGUGAUGGAGCAGACCUCGGCCAUGGAGGCUGUCUGCUGGCAGGAGCGCCAGGCGGUGGCUGCUCCCUCAGAUUGGACCCUGUCAAAACUGGUGAACAUGAGCUGGUUCACAGAGAGCAUGGCUGCGGGGCAGCCUGUGCCCGUGGAGUGCCGGCACUGCCUGGAGGUGGCCAAGCCCAGGAAGGGGGCCGCCAGCCCAGCAUGGGUGCCACCUUACGCCUGCCAGCGUCUCACGCCUCUCACACACCAUAACGCCAGCCUGGUGGAGGCUCUGGAGACACUGGCAGAGGCAGCAGGCUUCGAGGGCAGCGAGGGCCGCCUCCUCUCAUUCCGCAAGGCAGCUUCUGUACUCAAGGCCUUGCCCAGCCCCAUCAUAGCCCUGAGGCAGUUGCAAGGGCUCCCCUACUUUGGAGAUCACUCCUCCAGGGUUGUCCAGGAGAUGCUGGAGCACGGAGUAUGUGAAGAGGUGGAGACGGUGCGGUGCUCAGAGAGGUACCAGACCAUGAAGCUCUUCACCCAGAUCUUUGGGGUUGGGGUGAAGACUGCUGACCGGUGGUACCAGGAAGGGCUGCGAACCCUGGAUGACCUCCUCAAGCAGCCCCAGAAACUGACCCAGCAGCAGAAAGUAGGGCUCCAGCACCACCAAGACCUGAGCACCCCAGUGCAGCGGCAGGACGCGGAGGCUCUGCAGCGGCUUGUGGAGGCAGCCGUGGCACAGGCCCUGCCGGGUGCCACUGUCAUGCUGACUGGUGGCUUCCGGAGGGGGAAGUUGCAGGGCCACGACGUGGACUUGCUCAUCACUCACCCUCAGGAAGGCCAGGAGGCGGGGCUGCUGCCCAGAGUGGUGGGCUGCCUGAGGAACCAGGGCCUCAUCCUGUACCACCACCACCAGCACAACCACUAUGGGGACCCUGGCCACCCGGCGUGGCAGAACUCUACCAUGGACGCCUUUGAGAAGAGUUUCUGCAUUUUCCGCCUGCCGCAACCCCCCAGGGCAGCUGUUGAGGGGCCGCAGAGACCGUGCCAGGCCUGGAAGGCUGUGAGGGUAGACCUAGUGGUCACCCCGGUCAGCCAGUUCCCCUUUGCCCUGCUUGGCUGGACUGGCUCCAAGCAUUUCGAACGGGAGCUACGCUGGUUCAGCCGGAAGGAGAAGGGGCUGUGGCUGAAUAGUCAUGCGCUCUUUGACCCAGAGCAGAAGUGUUUCCGUGUGACUUCAGAGGAGGACAUCUUCAGACACCUGGGCCUGAAGUACAUUCCCCCUGAGCAGAGGAAUGCCUGAUCCUGCCCACCGGCACCUCCCCUACCACCACCAGCCCUCACUUCCCUGGGAGCUUCCCAGGCACCAGACCCCACAUGCCUCCUUGGAAGGAGAAGAUGUGCUACUGUCCCUGUGUCUUCACCCUCACCCCCAAGUGGAGGGCUAAGUUCCCACCCACCUGGACUGAGGUGCUCCUUGUCCAGCUCAGCCCAGAGCCCGGACGUUGUGCUGUUUCUGUGGAGUGGAAUGAGAGUCUGCACUGGGAUUAAAGAGCUGUGUUAUCUGAA